CCAUAUCACACCAGUAUGGCACAUGCAAAACAUGUGAUCAAUGCCUAAAAAGCCCCGGCGUUGACGUUUAACGCACUCAACCAGCUCGCCAUCUCAGCGCAGCCUGGGAAACCCCCGUGGUGGUGCGUAGUCAGACGCGCUCCGACGGCCAGCCCGGGCACAGCACAGAGGCGUGAGUGACGAGCCCCACAACGUCCCUCUGAGGUCCUGUCAGGUCGUCCUCUGUACCCCGUCCACCGUGGAUCGAUCCACAUGUCGUUUGGUGCACGUUCUGCCUGAUGUGGGGUCAUAUGUGUCUCUAUCGGGAGGCGAGCCUGCCCGCAUACGGCGGAUCCGCCAGUCUGGUGCUAGCCUGCUGGAGCUAGGCGGCUGAAGCUAGCCUACUGGAGAUACCGUUCCGGAGCUAGCCUACUGGAGCUAACCCGCCGGAGCUAGCCUGCUACAGUUUGUGUGUGUGUAUUAGCCGUUCGCUAGCCUGUCGCUAGCCUACUAUUGCUACUUUGUACAAGUGUAGCUGCUAGCUAGCCUGUCAGCUAACCAUCAGCACCAUCUAAAGUGAGACGGGUUGUUCGGCGUGACACCGGCGGGGAUGAUCCACGCACCAUGCACACUGCGGCGGCUCCUGACGUGUGUCUGAACUGAACCCCGCGUAAGACCCCCGGCCAGGCUCGCCCACGGCGUUAGACCCGACGUGGAGCAUGCAGCCAUGAGCUCUGCCCUGUGGAGCCAGGAGAAGCCCAGCGCGGGCUUCAGGGAGGACUGGCGCUUCUACAUGGUGGUGACGGAGUGCGUGGUGGAGAAGCCUCCGCAGAAGACCCUGCGCAUCCCCCGCGGCAGCCUGGGGCAGGCCUGCCAGGAGCGCAACAACCUGGGCCGCACGCUACCCCCCAGCAAGGGCAAGAGGAGCCUGCGCAUCUUGGACCAGACCAACGUGGUGCUCAGCCUGGACGAGCGGGACGUCCUGGAGCUGGACGAGAAGCUGGCCGAGAUGCUGUUCCCCAUCACCAACUGCGAGGAGCGCUACGCCCUGCUGUGCAACAACCCACGGCUGGAGCGCGCCCGCAUCAUUGACUGCGGCUCGAAGGUGCACGUUCUGCUGCGCUCCGGCGACGAGCCGCUGCCCGGGGUGGUGCGCUUCAAGGGCUCGCUGCUGCCCGACCGCGCCAUCUCGGGGGUCUGGUUCGGAGUGGAGCUGCUGGAGGAAGGGCGUGGCCAGGGCUUCACGGAGGGCUCCUACCAGGGCCGCCAGCUGUUCCGCUGUGAGGAUGAGUGCGGCGUGUUCGUGGCCCUGGACAAGCUGGAGCUGUGGGAGGACGAGGAGGAGGAGCAUGGCGAGCUGGAGGUGGACCACGUCGCCCUGGUGGAGGAGGAGCAAGACUACCCGCCCCUGGACAUCAACUCCAGGGUCCUGGUGCAGACCAGAGAGGGGCCCGAGAGGGGCACCAUCAUCUUCUGCGACCUGUUGCCUGACAACGAAAGCCUGGGCUACUAUGUGGGCGUCGACAUGGACAAUCCCAUCGGGGACUGGGACGGCGUGUUUAAGGGGAAGCUGCUGUGUAACUUCGCCAGCCUGGAGCACACCCUCCUGGUGCCCAUCUGUGACGUGAUGCCAGAAUAUUCCAUGCAGGACCAAAGGCUGCAAAAGCACAGUUUUGCCCCCAAAGGCAGCAUCAGUGACAAGUCCUCCUCUGGCCAAAGCAGACCAAAGAGCAAAGGCUUAGGUCACCAGUGUGGCAGUAGAAGCAAGUCUGAGUUUUACUAUACUUUAAAUGGCAGCUCUGUUGACCCCCCUUGCCAGCCCAAAUCCAAAAGCACAUGGUACAUUGAUGAAGUCGGAGAGGACCCUGCUAAGUCUCUCACGGACACGCCCCCGGACUUCAGCCAGGCCUCGCCGCCCUCCAGGGUGCCGCCGCCCGGCUCGCUGUCCAGCGAUAACAAGUUCCACUCGCUGCCCUUCAGCCUGAACCGCAAGCCGGGGCCCAAUGGCAGCAUAAGCCAGGGGCCAAACUCCCUGUCGGUGGGGUCGGUGAUGGGCGAGCAGCCCGACCUGCCGCCGCAGUCCAUCGGGGCCCCGCCCUCCUCGCCGCGGCCUUCCACGCCGCCGCGCGGCCAGCCGGGCCUGGAGGUGGGCUCGCUGGUGGAGGUGAAGGAGAACCCCCCUCUGUGCGGGGUGAUCCGCUGGGUGGGGCUGCCCCCCGGGCUGCUGGAGCCCCUGGCUGGCCUGGAGCUGGAGGAAGAGUGCGUGGGGUGUACCGACGGGACCUUCAAGGGCACGCGAUACUUCACCUGCCCCCCCAAGAAGGCCCUGUUCGUCAAGCUCAAGUGCUGCCGGCCCGACUCCCGCUUCCCCUCGCUGCACCACUCCUCCAACCCUAUUGAGCGCUGCAACUCCAUCGCGUUCGGAGGGUACCUGAGCGAGGUGGUCCAUGAGAACACGCCCCCACGCACCGAGCACGACGGCCUGGACGUCAUGGUGGGCAAGAAGAAGGGCAUCCAGGGUCACUACAACUCCUGCUACCUGGACUCCACACUCUUCUGUCUGUUCUCCUUCAGCUCGGUGCUGGAUACGGUGCUGCUGCGGCCGCGCUCCAAGGCUGACGUGGAGUACUACCGCGAGACCCAGGAGCUGCUGCGCACCGAGAUCGUCAACCCGCUACGCAUUCAUGGGUACGUGUGUGCCACUAAGGUGAUGAAGCUGAGGAGGAUCCUGGAGAAGAUGGAGGCAGCGUCUGGGUUCACGUCGGAAGAGAAAGACCCGGAAGAGUUCCUCAACAUCCUCUUCCACCACAUUCUGAGGGUGGACCCCCUCCUCAAGCUGAGGUCGGCCGGCCAGAAGGUCCAGGACUGCUACUUCUACCAGAUCUUCAUGGACAAGAGGGACAAGGUGGGGGUCCCCACCAGCCAGCAGCUCCUGGAGUGGUCCUUCAUCAACAGCGACCUCAAGUUCGCCGAGGCCCCUUCCUGCCUUAUCAUCCAGAUGCCCCGCUUUGGAAAGGAAUUCAAAAUGUUCAACAAGAUCUUCCCUUCGCUGGAGCUGGACAUCACAGACCUACUGGAAGACACCCCAAGGGAGUGCCGUAUCUGCGGAGGUCUGGCCCUCCACGAAUGCCGCGAAUGUUACGAAGACGGAGACAUCACCGCCGGGAAGAUCAAACAGUUCUGUGACAAGUGCAAUACCCAGGUCCACCUGCACCCCAAGAGGAAGAGCCACCGCCACGGUAAGCUGUCCCUCCCCAAGGAGCUGCAGGAGGGCCUGGGGCGUCAGGGCAGCUUCCCCCGCCAGCGGAUGGAGCUGUUCGCCGUGCUGUGCAUCGAGACCAGCCACUACGUGGCCUUCGUCAAGUACGGCGCCGCCGACUCGGCCUGGCUCUUCUUCGACAGCAUGGCCGACCGCGACGGCGGUCAGAACGGCUUCAACAUCCCCCAGGUGUCGGCGUGCCCCGAGGUGGGGGCCUACCUGAAGAUGAGCCCCGAGGAGCUUCACGCGCUGGACCCCAAGAGCAUCCAGGGCCAGGCGCGCCGGCUGCUCUGCGACGCCUACAUGUGCAUGUACCAGAGCCCCACCAUGAGCCUGUACAAGUAG